AGGAGAGUGAGGCCAAGCCAUGCUGUGUUGGUAGAACACGGAUUAGCAAGCAGACUGUUACAGGAAAGAAAUUAGCAGCACUUAUUUUGAGUUAGACACAGCCCCAGAACACAGAGAGAUACACCAGGAUCUCAGCAGAGAAGAGGUGCCAGAAAGACAGAAGAGAGGGAGCUGGGUGUCCUGUCACUCGAGAGGAGACGAAAGUGUGUGUGGACCAGAGUUCUCAGAAGGAACCAGCACUGCUGAACCUGUUGCCAUGCAGCUCCCCAUGCUGCUGCUUGUUUCUCUGCCACUACUUCUUAACAUGUUCAAACCAGCAGAAGCUCAGUUCCCUCGCCAGUGCGCUACCAUUGAGUCUCUGAGAAGUGGCAUGUGUUGCCCAGAUUAUUUCCCUGUGUUUGGGCCCGGUACCGACCAGUGUGGAGUGUCUACAGGGAGGGGCCGGUGUGUGCAGGUGACAGUAGACUCGCGACCCCAUGGCCCACAGUACAUCCAUGAUGGGAGGGAUGACCGCGAGCAAUGGCCCAUACGCUUCUUCAACCAAACCUGCAGGUGCAAUGGUAACUUCUCUGGUUACAACUGUGGGUCAUGUCGCCCUGGAUGGACUGGACCUACCUGUAGCCAGCAAAUCAAUAUAGUCAGAAGGAAUCUGUUGGAUCUUAGUACAGAAGAGAGAAGGCGUUUUGUGAAUGCUCUUCACCAAGCCAAGGUGACAAUCCACCCUGAUAUUGUCAUUGCCACAAGGAGACGUGAAGAAAUAUUUGGGCCAGAUGGCAACACACCACAGUUUGAGAAUAUCUCCAUUUAUAACUACUUUGUGUGGUCUCAUUAUUAUUCCGUCAGGAAGACUUUCCUUGGUGCAGGGCAGCAGAGCUUUGAAAGAGUUGAUUUCUCUCAUGAGGGACCAGCUUUUGUCACAUGGCAUAGGUAUCAUCUACUGCAACUUGAAAGGGACAUGCAGAAUAUGCUACAGGAUUCCACUUUUGGCCUACCCUACUGGAACUUUGCAACUGGACAAAACACCUGUGAUAUCUGCUCAGAUGACUUAAUGGGAGCUAGAAGUAAUUUUGAUGUCUCUCUGAUCAGCCAGAAUUCAAUCUUCUCUCAGUGGCGUGUGCUGUGUGAAAGUAUAGAAGACUAUGAUAGCUUGGGAACCAUUUGUAACAGCACUGAAGGUGGUCCCAUCCGUAGAAAUCCUGCUGGAAAUGUUGCACGGCCUAUGGUACAACGUCUCCCAGAGCCUGAAGAUGUUGCUCAGUGUUUGGAAGUUGGUAUAUUUGACACUCCUCCUUUUUAUUCCAAUUCAACAGACAGUUUCCGUAACACAGUAGAAGGGUACAGUGAUCCUUCAGGGAAAUAUGACCCAGCAGUUCGAAGCCUUCACAACCUGGCCCAUCUAUUUUUGAAUGGAACAGGAGGGCAAACACAUUUAUCACCAAAUGAUCCCAUUUUUGUGCUCCUGCACACCUUUACAGAUGCUGUGUUUGAUGAGUGGCUAAGAAGGUAUUCGGCUGAUAUCUCUACAUAUCCCCUGGAGAAUGCCCCUAUUGGACAUAACCGGGAAUACAACAUGGUGCCUUUCUGGCCUCCAGUUACCAAUAAUGAAAUGUUUGUUACUGCACCAGAAAACCUGGGAUACAGCUAUGACAUUGAGUGGCCAGGUAGGGCUCUCCGUGUAACAGAAAUGAUAACUAUUGCAAUAGUGACUGCACUCGUUCUUGUUGCAAUUAUCUUUGCUGCUGCUGCAUGCAUUGUACGUGCCAAGAAGAACAGGGAUGAGUUGCAUCAGCCUCUUCUCACUGAUCAGUAUCAACACUAUUCAGAUGAUUAUGAUGGCAUAGCAACACCAAGCCAGUCUGUCGUAUGAAGAGAUGGCAUUUUUUGCAUGUGACUAAAACUGAUUUUUUUGUCAUAUUUUUAAAUGUUUGUCAUCCAACUGCUUUAAAAUAAAGAGCAUAAACUGAC